AUGCAUUCUGAAAAGCUAACCUUCACCAGCGACGAAGGUCUCCAACUCGCAGGUCGACUGGAACUGCCGAUCGGCCCGCCGAAGGCCUACGCCAUCUUCGCGCACUGCUUCACCUGUUCGAAGAACUCGAAUGCCGCUACCCGGAUCAGUCGCAAGCUCACCGACGAUGGGUUCGCUGUGCUCCGCUUCGAUUUCACCGGCCUCGGCUCUAGCGAAGGCGAUUUCUCCAACACCAACUUCUCCUCAAAUAUCCGCGACAUUGUAGCCGCCGCAAAUCACCUGCGAGAACAUCACGCCGCCCCACAACUCCUCAUCGGGCAUAGCCUGGGAGGAACCGCCGUGCUGGCCGCCUCGAAUUCCAUCGAGGAAGUCGAAGCUGUCGUCACCAUUGGCUCUCCGGCGUCUCCCUCACAUCUACUCCAGUUACUCGAAGGGACAUGCGAAAUACUGAAAACAGAAGGUCAGGCCCCGGUGAAAAUCGGCGGGCAAUCCUUCACCAUCAAACAACAGUUCAUCAACGAUCUCGAGGCCUCCCAAGUCGAGCAUCCCGCCAUCGGAGCCAGCUUGCUGGUGAUGCACUCGCCGCUGGACGAAGUGGUAGAGAUCGAUCAGGCCCGGCAAAUCUACGCCGCCGCCCGGGGUUUCAAGAGCUUCGUCACCCUGGCCGACGCCGACCAUUUGCUUACCAAGCGGGUCGACUCCGAUUAUGCUGCCAAUAUCGUGGGUGCUUGGGCCUCACGUUACGUCACCGACCAGCGUCCCGUCCGCGUCACGCCGAAGGAAGGAACGGUAUUGGUCGAAGAGUGGCAACUGCCCUACACCAACCGCGUGGCGGCCCGUAGUCAUUCGUUUCUCGCCGACGAGCCCACCUCGGUCGACGGCCUCGACGCCGGCCCCAACCCUUACGAACUGCUGCUGGCCGCCCUGGGCACUUGCACUUCGAUGACCAUCCGCAUGUACGCCCAACGCAAAAACUGGCCGCUGGAAAAAGUCUCGGUGCAGCUCAAGCAUGAAAAAGUUCAUGCCGAGGAUUGCGCCGAUUGUGAAAGCGAUAACUCAAAGAUUGACCGCUUCGAACGGGUGAUUGAUAUUAGGGGAGACCGCCUCAGCGAAGAACAGCGAGAGCGGUUGCUCGAAAUUGCCGAUCGCUGUCCGGUGCAUCGUACUCUGAUGAACGAGAAAGAGAUUGUGACCACGUUGGCCAACGUCGAGGCCCCCGUCUGCCAACCAUCGCGAGCCAGCCUGAUGGUGUCGCGGUUGCCCUCUUCCACAGGGCUCUAUUUUCUCGACCCCGGCCUACAAGACUCAGAUGUUACGCGCAACGAAGUUACGCUCCCCGAGGCCAUCGCUAAAGCGGGCUAUCAGGUAAUGGGCGGCGGCAAGCUGUUCCACAGUGUCGAUAACAAACGCGUCUUUGAUGGCGUGGGCGAGUACGGAGGCAACUUCGGCGGAGUCGGCCCCCGAGCGAAAGAAAAAAUCAGCCAACCGCACGGGCACCCGUUGUGGGACUGGGGAGCCUACCCCGAGAAGACAACCGAGAUGCCCGACUAUAAGCUGGCCACCUGGGCCGAACAGAAAUUGGCCGACGACUACGAGAAGCCGUACUUCCUGGCGGUUGGUUUCCACCGCCCACACGUGCCAAUGUAUGCACCACAAGAAUGGUACGACAUGCACCCCCGCGACAAGGUUUUGUUGCCGGUACUGAAAGAAAACGACAACGACGACCUGUCCUCGUACGCCAUCAACCUCGUCACGCUCGAACACGUCGCCCCCACCCACGCCUGGAUGCAAGAAAGUGGGCAGUGGCAACACGCCGUGCAGUCGUACCUGGCUUCAGUCACGUUCGUCGAUCAGUGUGUGGGUCGGGUGCUCGAUGCGAUGGAUGGUCGCGAAGACGCCGACAACACCAUCAUCUGCCUGUUUUCCGACCACGGUUUUCAUCUAGGCGAAAAAGAACGUUGGGCCAAACGCUCGCUGUGGGAAGAUGGCACUCGCGUGCCGCUCAUCUUCGCCGGCCCCGGGAUCGAACCGGCAGUUUGCGAUCGCCCCGUGGGCUUGAUCGACAUUUACCCCACGCUCUUGAAUUUGACUGGUCAAACCGCGAACUCGAACCACGAAGGCCAAUCGUUAGUUCCCCUGCUGGAAGACCCGACCGCCCAAUGGGAUCGCCCCACGAUCACCUCCUUCGGUCGUGGCAAUCACGCCGUGCGCUCCACCCGCUGGCGAUACAUCCACUACGUCGACGGAUCGGAAGAACUCUACGACCACGAGAACGAUCCGCACGAGUGGAACAACCUGGCCAGCAACCCCGACCUCACAGAAGUGCUCGAGGAACACCGCCGCUGGUUACCCAAGAACGAGCGCCCCAUUCUCGGUAGCGGCUCUACCGGCCAUCAGGCAUACGCGGCCGCCGCAGAGAAGCUAGAGCAAUAG